AUGUCCGAUCUCGUUGAGCUACAAAGAAAUUAUAUCGUCUCUCAUAUCAACGAGAUACAGACUGAGCAUAACUUAAAGUUUCUAGUGAUAGAUGAAACUGUCGAAGAGCUAAUCGACUCUUUAUUUGUCGAUCGCAAUGAACUUUUGAGUAUUGUAACCGCGGUUGAUAGAAUAGACGGCUCAAAGCGGAAAGGCCAGCCAUCGGUGGAGGUAGUAUACAUGCUACAACCAACCAAAUUCAAUAUUAACUGCAUGGACGCUGAUUUCAGUAAUAGGCCACCCAAGUAUAAAAGAGCACAUGUGAGGUUUUUGCCCGGUUUCGAAGAACAUCUUGUCAAGUAUUUUCACUCAAAAAGAUAUCUUCCUCAGUAUAUAGGAAGCUUAGGGGAAAUCAAAUGUGCUUUUAUUCCUAAAGAGCCGCUUUUUUUUGAAACAAUGAAUAUCGACCAACCUCUACAAAUUUACUACAAUAAAAGUUGUGUUAAUUUGAUAGAGAGAAAUAUUAAACGAACCGUUCAAAGUUUAUUAAACUUAUGCAUUAUUACUGGAGAGUAUCCUGUUGUAAGGUACUCAGAACCCUCUCCCGAACUCUACCAAACUAGUACGGCAACAAUCUUAGCCAAAAAAGUAGCAUUCGAAUUUCAAGAAUCCUUAGACGAUUAUGCCCGGAAGAAUGAAAAUUUCCCCCCUCCAUCUUCGAGGCCCCGAUCUGUUUUUAUUAUCACAGAUCGUUCUUUAGAUCUUUUCACGCUUGUGUUACAUGAUUUUUCUUAUCAAGCAAUGGCGUACGAUUUGGUUCCAGAAGUGGAUACGCGAACUGAUACUUACCAUUAUCAAGCAGAAAAUGAGGUAGGAGAAAAAGAGGACAAAACUGCAAAGUUGGUAGACCUUUUAGACCCAGAUUGGGUUGAACUGAAGCACCAGCACAUUAUUGAUGCGAGUGAGUAUCUGACUGCUAAAGUAAACGAACUAAUUGCAAAGAAUCCGCUCCUUGUUGACAGAUCGAAUAUUAAAACAACAACAGACUUAUUGAGUGUCGUAGCCCAUCUAAAGGAUUUUGACGAGGACAGAAGAAGAAUUAUUUUGCAUAGAACACUGAUUGAUCAAUGUCUGUCUAUCAACGAUCAAAGACAUUUAGCCGAGUUGGCGGAUUUUGAGCAAAAUCUGGCUGGUUUCGGGCAUGAUGCCAAUGGAGAUAAAUGCAAGAAUUUAACUGAAAAUUUACUGGAAGUGCUUCUAAGCAAAGAUGCUAAUAUCACUGAUAAAAUUCGUUACAUCAUUUCUUAUGCACUUUAUCGUGGCGGAUUGAUUGAAUUAGAUUUUGUUAAGCUUCUAUCUUUCAUAGGAGUCAAUUCCGGCCAUACGUUUUUCCAGCACUUCAUGACUCUUUUUAAGAACUUUCAGCAUCUGGGAUUCAGACUCAUAAAAGAAAAUCCCAAAGAUAAGCCUUUCAAGAAGGAAUGGUUUCACGAAUCAAUUGUCAAUGAUCCAAACACUUAUAACACCUCGAGGUUUGUGCCGUGCGCAGGUAAUAUUUUAUCCAAGGUUAUCACAAAUCCUUUGCUGUUGAACGAAGAUGCUUUUCCCUACGUAAAAGAUAAACCUAUCGAUGUGAUGGAGACAGACUCUAGUGAUAGUUCCGCCUUUGCAUAUUCGUCAACUUCUCUAAGGAAUCCAAGGCACAAAGCCUCGUGGACCCGGAAUGCAUCUCAAUUCAAAGCUCCCAGGCAGAGAUUCUUCUACUACGUGGUGGGUGGAAUAACGUACCCCGAAAUAAUGGCAGCGUACUUGCAGACUCGGUUAAAAAAUAAGGAUGUAUUCAUAGGGAGCGACGGCAUAUUCACACCAUUAGAGAUCAUGCAGGGUAUCGAAAAGCUGUCCGAGCCUCGAGAACAUUUAUCUCUCAAAGAUGACCAAAAGGAAGACGAAAGGGUACCAGAGCAUCUUUUUGAUCGAGCUGUUACGUCUCCAGCUGUUAAUCAGCAUGUUCAUACUGUUUCCCAUCAACGAUCAAAAGCAGAUGCCAAACCGCAGAUGCCAGCUCCCCAACCUACCGAAAACAAAGAAAAGAAGCGCAGUAAACUCAAAAAGUUUCUCAGAUCUAAGUAA